ACUUCAAUACACAAAGUAUCUUUAUUUAAUGGGCUGAAAAUUGUUUUGUUUGACUUAUUUCAGGAAGAAUGCAGAGAGUAAUGGCUCAUCUAGUGGACCUUUCCAGUUGGAGUUGGGAAACCACAAUAGGGAUGAGAAUACUCCACAAAUGAGGAGUGGUGAGUUAGAAGAGAAAGGCACUGAUAUUUGGAAACUUUUCAGAGAAGCUCAACAGAAUAUCUUGUACUUGAACAAGCAACGCAUCAUGGCGAAGGAAGAGCUUGAUAGAGUAAAAAGAGAGAAAAUUUCAUUGCUUGAUCGAAUCGAGCAACUAGAGAGAACAAAGCUGAUUAAUACAAGAAAAGAUAAGUUCUCAAUCAGCGCCGAGUUACUAUUAAGGAUAGACGCUAUGGUUCUUACCAGUUUGAUUGGCAGCAAGGAGGCAUCAGAGUUUAGAAGGCUGAUCAUGGAUUCAAAUGUUAGUAUAGCUGAUUAUUUCUCUGAGAUAAUGCAUAAACAGGAUACGGAGCUUCUGGUAGAACUGCGUCACUUCUCUGGGAAAAGUAGAAAGUCGGGUUACCACGUAAUCCACGUUUGUACUGAAAUGGCACCAGUGGUCUCAGUUGGAUCUUUGGCACUAUAUGUGACCGGCUUAUCUCGCGCCUUGCAAAGAAAGGGACAUCUGGUCGAGGUUAUCUUACCCAAGUAUGCUAGCCUAAAUUUAAAUGAAGUUCAUGGAUUACGAGAAGUUGAUGCGGAGUUCCAUUCAUACUUUAAUGGUCAACUGCAUGGAAACAGAAUCUGGACUGGGGUUGUCUAUGGCAUUGGAGUGACUUUCAUAGAACCUCUGUACUAUUCAUCAUUUUUCAGCCGUGAGAACAUAUAUGGCUACUCAAAUGAUUUUGAACGAUUCUCCUACUUCUCUCGCGCUUCAUUGGAUUAUAUAGUUAAAGCAGGAAAGCAGCCGGAUGUGCUUCAUAUACACAACUGGGAAACAUCUAUUGUUGGUCCACUGUUUUGGGAUGUUUUUGUAAAUCAGGGACUUGAAGGUACCAGGAUAAUGUUGACAUGCCAAAGCUUGGAGUCUCAGUGUGUAGAGCAACCUGAAAAGUUAGCCCUAUGUGGGCUUGAUCCUCACGGACUACAUCGUUCUGACCGUCUGCAAGAUAACCACAAGUCCCAUCUUGUCAAUGUUUUGAAGGCUGGAGUUGUUUACUCCAAUAAAGUUAUUAUAAUGUCAUCCAUGCAAACAAAAGGGCAGAUAAUUAAUGCUACGAUUCAUGGUCUGGAGCCCACCUUAACCAUACACAAGGACAAGUUAGUAGUUGCUCCUCCUGGAUUUGACAGUUCAGCUUGGGAUCCUUCAGUGGAUAAGUUUCUUCCACAAAACUACAGUGCAGAUAAUAUGAAGGGGAAAUCUGCCUGCAAAGUCUCGUUGCAGCAGCAUCUGGGGUUGCAGGAGCAAGCAUCCAUUAUUCUCGUAGGAUGCAUCUUCUCAUAUAUCUCUGAUAUUGAACUGGAGAACCUCAAGACACUUAUUUGGAUGGCUUCAAGGAGAGGUGUUCAGUUUGUCUUCAUGGGCUCUGGUCAAACUCCUGGUUUAAAUACGGCAAUGGAGUAUUUUGAGGAGGAACUCAAGGAUGAAAACACAAGAUUCCUUAACAAAUAUGAUGAAGCUUUAGCACAUUUAGUACUUGCGGGAUCUGACAUCAUGCUAUGCCCUUCUUUUGAUGAUACAGUACUCCAAGUACCGCUCAAGGCCAUGAGAUAUGGAGCUAUGCCUAUUCUACUGAAUUCUACUGACAGAAAAUCCGGGCACUUUGUGGAUCGUGAUCUUGAGGGCAGCAAAUUCUCUGGUUAUGUCAAAGAUAACUUCACCAAUAUUCCCCUGAGCCAAGCAAUUGAUGAACUUAAGAACAACCCAUCAAAAUGGGACAAGAAGAUUGUCGAUGCCAUGACAAAGGAUUUUUCGUGGGAUGCAGAGUGCUGUGACAUUCAUAUCUCCGCAUAUGCGGCAAUAAAGAACUUGUAAAGUAGAUUUUCUGUACAGUCAUGUAUUUAUAUCUUUGUCCAUGCCAUGUGGGUGCCUAUUGCAUAUAGUCUAGAGGAUGGUUUUUUUUAUUUUUAUUUUUUAACUUGAGAAAAAAUGAUUAGAAUGCCUGUUCUUUUAGAGUCAUUGUUUUAGUCAACAGAUUAGGACGGACAUAAGUGAGGGCAUUGCCCAUUCUAACAAAUAAUUGAAUGUUCUCUCUAAUGAAUAA